AUGGGUCCAGCCAGAUCAGGCACAGCCAUUCACAUUGACCCAAUUGGAACUUCAGCUUGGAAUGCUCUAAUUUCUGGCCACAAAAAAUGGUGCCUAAUUCACCCUUCUACACCCAAACAAUUAAUUAAACCAAAAACUGAAGAAACUAAAAAUCUUGUACACCCAGAUGAAGCAAUUACUUGGUUUGGAACUGUUUUUCCCCGAGUUUGUAGUCCACAUUGGAAUAAUGAACGUUUUCCUGUUAUUCAUGCAAUUCAGAGGCCAGGAGAGUUAAUGUUCGUUCCUUCCGGUUGGUGGCAUGUUGUAAUGAAUUUGGAGACGACUAUCGCUGUUACUCAAAAUUUUUGUUCUGUGGUUAAUUUACCUAAUGUUUGGCCUAAAUUAAUUAAACAACGUCCUCAACUUGCGCUACAUUGGUUAAAAGUAGUAAAUAAAUCUAGACCAGAACUAAUUGAAAAAAUUGAUGAAAUAAAUAAAUUGAAUGGAAUUGCUUCAUUGGAUAUUAGCGAGCCUUGUGAUUCAUCAAGUUCAUCCUCUUCUUCUUAUGAUUCCUCUUCGGAUUCUGGUGUUGAAUAUUGUGAUGGAAAAUCAAAAAUGGGGGCAACAACAAAUUAUGAAAAAAUUAAUGACAAAAAUGGGCAAAAUUUAGAAAAGCAAAAUAAAGAAGAAUAUUAUCGAGGGACUAAAAGGUGUGUGGUAAAGAAAUAUUAA